ACAAGCGGGCGGCCACACUGCCGUCCAAGUACGACGGGAAGGCUGACAUCACCUCUUGGAUUAGUUCCAUGCGGUCAUAUUUCGAGGUCAUGCGGACACCGCAAGAGGACCGAAGUAUGAUCAUGGGAACUAAUAUCGAGCCUGCCGUACGAAACCACAUUGAGCUCCAAGCUGUUGCUGCAGGCUAUGCACGCAUAGACCUGACUGAUUGGCUGAAGGUCACCCCAGUUCGCACCCUUGAGGAUUUCCUACUUGACCGGUAUCAGGAUAAACAUGCUGCGUUCAAGGCUAGACUGAAGCUUGAGGCCCUCAAGGGCCAAACAUGGAGGUCAUCCAUGCAAGCUUUGGAACAACACCUGACUGGUCUAUUCACCACUCCGGAUCUADGAAUGACUGACGUGUCUUGCAUGGAUGUAGUCAUGGGAGUGGCCCCUAAAGAAUACCUCUCCCUGCUAGCACUCAAGGACCAUGCUACCUGGCGAGAGCUCAKGAAGGACCUAGUCGACCUAGAGGCGAAGGACCUCGCCAGGCGCAAGAAGGCGCCUAUUGCAGGUGGGAAACCACAACGCAAGCGGUUUGGAGGCAGCAACCAGCUUGCACUGCAUGAUCAUCGGGAGGCUGACGAUCAGUCCUAUGCGGAUGAUCUGCCUCUAGAUGACGAUCUAGAGCCGGACUCCGAUACGGGCUUGCCACGUCAGCAGCGCCACGUCACAGUGCCAGAUCAGCAGUGCCAUGUCAGUAGUGCCACGUCACAAUGCCACGUCAGCAGUGCCACGUCAGCAGUGCCACGUCACAGUGCCAGAUCAGCAGUGCCACGUCAGCAGUGCCACGUCAGACUCAGUGCCACGUCAGCAGUGAUGUCAGACACAGUGCCAUGUAAGCAGUGCCGCAUCAGCAGUGCCACGUUAGACACAGUGCCACGCAAGCAGUGCCACAUCAGCAGUGCCACGUCAGACACAGUGCCACGUCAAACAAAGUGCCACGUCAGCAACAUGACGGGCCUGCCAGGCCAACUGCCCAACGAGUCCCUUGCAGCCUACAAGCAGCGGUUCCAGGCUCAGAUAGAGGCUGAGGAACAACGCCAGCUGGCAGCCAAGGCUGCCCGCGUACAGGCUGAAGAGGCAGCAGCAGCAGAACAACUGCAGCUACAGGCCGAUGCAGACGCAGAUGCCCAGGCUCGCCGCAAGGAAGCCCAGGAUCUGCUGCAGCGGCAUGAAGCCAACAGCAUCGACAGACUCAAGUACUGGCAUAUUAAACCGAACGGCGACGAGGCAACACCGGAAGAGAAGCACAAGGAGUUCCUCUCCAAACUCGUGACGCGGUUGUUGUAUGCUUGCAACUACCAACUGUCAGAGUUGGAGAGAUAGUACCAGGACCUGACGCAACAGCAUCAGGAGUUGGCACAGCUCCGCCGCAUGGUGCAGAGCCACGAG